ACAGGGCGAGGCUCCAGUAGCUGGUCCGGUUUAGAGCUGCCGGCUCAGCGUCCUCAGCACAGGUGUAAAUCUGCUACCGCUUGCUCGGGGCGGGGGGAGACAAGGAUUGUUACUCUGGGAUGCAAUGAACCUCCUUGUGAGACUGGCCGGGAGCGGGCACCAGGACUGAAGUCGCCCGGAGCCGGAGGGCUGCUUUCGAGCCGAGUUAGCUUCAGUGGCGAACCUAAGUGAGGGGGUACGGGAAAGGGCGCCGGGACGCUGGUGAGAGCUUCUCGGACGCUGGUUGCGGACAGUUGCUCCUUGGCGGAGUGAGCGACUUGCACUAACUGGGUUUGCUGCGUCCCGGGCAGGCCCUGCUCGCCAUGGGGGAGGUGGAGAUCUCGGCCCGGGCCUACGUGAAGAUGUGCCUUCACGCCGCCCGGUACCCACACGCCGCGGUCAACGGGCUGCUGCUGGCCCCAGCCCCGCGGUCAAGAGAAUGCCUGUGUCUCUCCGACUGUGUCCCCCUCUUCCACAGCCACCUGCCCCUGUCGGUCAUGCUGGAGGUCGCCCUCAACCAGGUGGAUGUGUGGGGCGCACAGGCCGGUCUGGUGGUGGCUGGGUACUACCAUGCCAACGCAGCCCUGGACGACCAGAGCCCUGGGCUCCUGGCCUUGAAAAUUGCUGGGCGAAUUGCAGAAUUCUUUCCUGAUGCAGUACUUAUUAUGUUGGAUAAUCAGAAACUAGUGCCACAGCCUCGUGUGCCUCCGGUCAUCGUCCUAGAGAACCAAGGUCUCCGCUGGGUUCCCAAGGACAAGAACUUAGUGAUGUGGAGGGACUGGGAAGAGUCACGGCAGAUGGUGGGAGCACUACUGGAGGGCCGGGCCCACCAGCACCUUGUGGACUUUGACUGCCACCUUGAUGACAUCCGGCAGGACUGGACCAACCAGCAGCUCAACACUCAAAUUACCCAGUGGGUUGGUCGCACCAACGGAAAUGCCUGAGCCAGGGCCAGGAAGGGUCAGGCUCCAAUAAAGAGACUUGGGCUACUGGGGAACAGUA